AUGGCGUGCGCGGAGCGGUGCGGCUGCUGCGCGGCGGGCGGCCGGCCGAGCAGCAUCCUGUACAGCCUGCUGAAGAGCCCGGCGGGGGUCCCGGCGGCGUCGGGGGUCCCGUCGGCGUCGGGGCGGGCGCGGGGCUGCCGGUGCGGCUGGCGGGGGCGGGCGGCGCUGCGGCACCCGCAGGCGGCGGCCCGGGCGGCGUCGGCCGUGCUGGUGAAGACGGUGCGCUUCGUGCGGCACGUGCCCUGCUUCCAGCAGCUGCCGCUGGCCGAGCAGCUGGUGCUGGUGCGCAGCGGCUGGGCGCCGCUGCUGGUGCUGGGGCUGGCCCAGGACCGCGUCGCCCUCGACACCGUGGAGACCGCCGAGCCCGGCCUGCUGCACCGCCUGCUCACCCGCCGCCCGCCCCGCCGCCCGCCGCCGCCCGGGGCGGCCGACAUCCAAGCCAUCCAGCGCUUCCUGGCCAAGUGCUGGAGCCUGGGCGUCGGCACCAAGGAGUACGCCUACCUCAAGGGGACGGUGCUCUUCAACCCGGAUUUGCCAGGGCUCCACUGUGUAGAGUAUAUCCAGGGACUGCAGCAAGAAGCCCAGCAAGCCCUAAAUGAACACGUCAGGUUGAUUCACAGAGGGGACCAGACCAGAUUUGCCAAACUGAAUGUAGCUCUGUCCAUGCUCAGAUCUAUCAGUGCCAGUGUUAUUGCUGAACUUUUCUUUAGGCCCAUCAUUGGAGCAGUGAAUAUGGAUGACAUGCUGUUGGAGAUGCUUUGUGCAAAGUUGUGAAGUUUUGUGAGAAUAUAUAAUAAAAUAAUGCAACAUGGAAGUCCUACAACAGAAUAGUGUAAAGUAUUGUAAAAUAAACUAACUUAUUGUUUUUACAUAGACCGUAUUUUUGUAUUCAAUAAUAAAAUAUUAUUUGA